UCCCAGACAACAAGAGGCGCGGAGCCAAGGAUCGCGACUUUCUGAUCCAGAAGACUCUAGGAGCCAUGGCGCAGAAACUUCUCAGCACCGAAGCGGCUGAGCGCAUGAACCUCGUGGCCCAGGACGAGAUCUGGCGAUACCGUCUGAAAGCUGAAUCUGAGGCACGGCACAACUGGGCCCAGAACUGGGGGUUCUUAACAACGCCCCUGGAGGAGUUGCUGCAGGGUGAAGCAGAAGCCGCUGCUCCCAAGCCCAAGGUCGAGCUCCCCGAACGCUUCCGCAUCCGCCCUGGGACGCCUGUGGAGAAAUACAUCAAGGUCCUCCCAUCCCCUCCAGUUCCAAAGACCACCCAGGGCUUCAUCGGCUGGCGGUCGGGGGUGCCGGGCCUCAACAAGUGCCUGGAGCUAGACCAUGAGAUCAGGAGCUGCAAAGGGGCCUACGCCCGAGAGCUGGGCUGGCCCAAGCAAGGCAUCCACUGAGUCCAGACACACUG